AUGCCCUACCUCCACCUCAUCCGCCACGCCGAAGCAACCCACAACCCAAACCACGACACCACAAUCCCAGACCCACCCCUAACAGCCACCGGCAUCCAACAAAGCAAACAACUCAACGAAGACUUCCCAUACCAUAAGAAAGUGGGAUUAAUGAUUACAUCGCCAUUGCGCCGGGCGGUGCAGACUGCUUUGAUUGGGUUUGAGUCUUGUUUGGAGGGGAGAUAUUACGAUCACGACACGGUCAAUGGAGACAUAAGAUCGAAUACACCAAAAGGCGAAAGAGUAACCCUCCGCCUCGAACCCGAAAUCCAAGCACACUCCUCCCGACUGUGCGACACAGGUUCUACACCAUUAGUCCUACAAUCCGAGUUCCCGAGUCUCCUCUGGGAUGAGAUCGAGUUGGGACGUUUUCCGGCGAAGGAGGGGGAUUUCGUGGCUGAUAUGGAGAAUUUGGAGAGGAGGGGAGGCAGAGUUAAGGAUAUUCUCAGAAACGAGUUUCAGAGUUUAAGAAUGAGGGGGGGGGGGGGAGGGAGGAUAUUGUUGUCGUUACCCAUGGUGAAUUUCUGA